AUGGGUCCGGGCCUGGGACUGGGGGCUCGGGGCUGGGGGCGUCUCCUGCCGUGGCUGAGGCCCCGCGCCGGCCUUCCCUGGGCCGGCACGAGGCCGCCGCCGCCGCAGGCGCGGAGCCGGCCGGGCCGGGGGUUGGUUCCCGCCUCCGUUGUAGGGGCGCGCGGGCUCCAGAGCGGGGCGCAGCAGGACGGGGCUGACGCCCGAGGAGAGCGGGCCGCGGCAGGUCACCGGGGACCCAAGUUUGACAUCAACCUGCUGGUGUCCCUCUUGAGGCAAGAAAACGCAAGAGACAUUUGUGUAAUCCAGGUUUCCCCAGAGCUGAGGUACACGGACUACUUCGUGAUUGCCAGUGGGACGUCCACGCGGCAUUUGCAGGCUCUGGCCCAGUACCUCGUGAAGACGCAUAAGUUCCUGAAAUCGAGAAGUGAUGCUUAUGUUCGGAUCGAAGGGAAGGAUGCAGAUGAUUGGCUGUGUGUGGAUUUUGGCAGUAUGGUGAUUCAUUUGAUGCUUCCAGCAACCCGAGAAACCUAUGAAUUGGAAAAGUUAUGGACUCUGGGCCGUUUUGAUGAUCAGUUAGCUCAGAUCGCACCAGAGUUACUGCCUGAAGACUUCAUCCUUGGAUUUCCACCAGAAGAGGAGCCUUCGGCAUGUUCUCUACUAGAGGUCAAAAGGGAAUAAAGUAAGAGCUUGGAAGCAACUAGAAUCAGGCAAUGUUAUGAUGAGAUUCUCUGUUUGGAUUUGUAAUAAAUUAAUCCACUAGGAGAGUUGAGCUUCUGAGUCCCGUUAGAAGCCUUUGAUGUUGAGCACACUCUUACAUGCACUCGAUGUGGAAAGCAUAGAAAGCUUUGGGUACUGGGCACUGGCAAAACUUCAGGGACAAGCUCUUUCUUGUAGACACAUUAUCUUAAGCAAGGAGUACUACCUACUGUCAGGAGUGUUUUCAAACUUCAUUGGAAACUGGCAAUUUAUGUAUCUAUCUAAAUUGCUUCAACAUUUUUCCUGAUCAGUUUUUUGUGACGUGCAGAAAUAACCCUUUAAGGAGUGAUAACAUGGGGAUCAUCUACACUGGGUCUUAAUUUUCAUUUUUUUAUUUGUGAGGAAAGAAGAAAGCCUCCAUGUGAAAAAUAGGCAGAUUUGUCGAUUUGACAUCGACAAAACAUGAAAUAAAAUUGUUAACUUGA